UUGUGCGCGUGUCAGAGCUAGCAUUUUCACGACUCGCAGACGCGAGUUCUUCCGCGGUGGAUGAAGCUUCUCGCGGUGUUACGAUGGCGAACGCAAGUGGCCACAAUAAUGUAGAGUGUUACGCUUGGCAAAGAUUAAUCAACGGGGACAAGUUACAUGCAGCGACACAGUUGAACGAGACUAAAGAGAACUCCCACAGAACUCCAUUGCGGAGAUCAGACGCUGGCUCGAGGAGAACGACGAUUUGCGCGCCCGAAUAAAAACGACGUCAAUCCUACGUGAUUCAUUGAAAUCUCGCUUGUGAAAUUCAAUUGUAGUGCAUUAAUUUCGAAGCAAUAACAACGAAAUCCGCGGCGAUGUAACAUCUGACGUUACAUCUGAAACCUAUUUGUUUUGCUCGCAUAAUAAGGAAAAAAUAAAAAAUAAUAUAACAUAUGUAGCGUUUGACUUUGUUAGCGAAAUGAGAAGAGAGAGUGAUAUGAAAGUGUCUCUCUCAAUAGAUAACAAUAGAUAAUGAUAAAUAGUGACUCGAUAGAAAUCUUUUAUAAUGAAGUCCGUUUAUUGUAUUUCGCUAUUUUUUUUAAUUUAAACAAAUUUUUGAUUAGCGAUUGUUUAUAUUUUUAUUUAUAUAUUGAAUUAAUUGAUCAAACAAACAAAAAGAGAUAUCUAUACAUUUAGAACACAGAAAUAUGUAUGAUAUAAUAUAUUUGUUGGUCGCAUCUUUUAAGAGAACAGGUAACGACUGUCAUACAGAUUUGCCACAUCGGGUAUUUGAAUUCGUUAUUUGCUGCAGAUAGCGCGAUUAUUACUGAUUUAUCAUAGGAAUGAUAAGAAAUAUCAUAUAGAUACCAAAAUUAGCAAAGAAUGCAAGUUCCGCGUUUGUUAUCACGAGCGAAGUCAUUGCAACGAUAGCUGCGUUGGUUAUCAACAAAGACGGGUACGUUGCUGUAGAUUCGGGCUAUUUCUUUAUGCGUUAUGCAUUCGAGUAUUGUGCGUGAUUUUUUUCGCUAGGUAUAUAUGGAUUUACGGAGAGGUCUUCCCAAAGACUCAACAAGAGACAAGAAAACGCUUUUAUAAUAGAAUGCUCAGUUUUCUUUCACUAAAUAUAGGUCGCAUUUUGUUCAAUUGUUUUGCCCUUUUCUAGGUGAACUCGGUAAAGAGAAAGAAAUUGUUUCUCUUUUUCUUUCACUGCGCAGAGGGGACUUGAGAGAUAAUGCAUGAGAGCAUAAUGCGCGGAUGUAUAUGAUUAAGUUUUUAAUAAAAAUUUUCUGUAUUCUUAAAUUAUGUAAAUUAGGAGAGAUAUUUGCUUUAUUUACUUUGCAACCUAGAACUAAUUUUUUUUAGAUUUCGUUUUACUUCUUUAACUAAAUGUAAAUGUUAGACAUACAUUUUAAUUUUAUACGCAGAAUUUAUAAGUAAUAAUAUGACUAUAAUGUUUCAAUUUUAUUUUUUUUACGUAUUUUAUUUAAAAGUUCAAAUGCGUGCUACAGUGUGAAGAAUUUAGAAAUUAAAGUUUCUUCGCGGCUUAUCCUCUCGAAAAUGGAUAUCAAACAUCCAUCCCAUUUACCAAACCGGAUCCGUAAUUGUUCGCUGCAGAUGGCGCAUAUAAUAUGCAUCAGUGAACCAGACUUUAUCAAAGAGCACGUAGAUUCCAAAGGGCAUGUUUUUGUGUACUGUUUAUAUAUUCGCGUUUAUAUAUAUUGCCUGUUGAUCGCGUCUAGUGUUGAUCGCGCGUCGUUCGUUACAGAGUGCGUGUCUGUACAUUGUACAUACACGCAGUGUCUCUUCGCGGUGACGGGACUCCGCGAGACGUUCAUUAGCGUUCACUGUCGUCGUGAUGGCGAGCAGUUCCAGUGACAGCGUCAUGCAUCACGCUCGGCAAGAGCUGACCAGUGAGGAUAAAAGAUAUGCAGCGGCACAUUUGAACGAGACCGACGAGAAUAGAGAGAACGCCAUCGCGGAGAUCAGACGCUGGAUCGAGGAGAACGAUGACUUGUCUACACGAAUUGAUGACUUCCUUAUCCUGCGAUUUUUGAGAGUCUGCAAGUUUAAUCUCGACAAAACUAAAAUCAGGAUACAAAACUAUUACAAGCAGCGAUCAUACUUACCAGAAUGGUACAUGAAUAAAGAUCCAUUUCGACCGGAACUGCAGGAACUACUUGAUUUAGGAGUGUUUUUGCCUUUGCGGAAGCCGGAUAGUGAAGGAAGAUUAGUUAUUGUGGUGCGCGGCACUCGGCAUAAUCCAAGAAGACACAAUAUAUCAGACAUAGUUAAGAUCGGUGUGAUGGCGACGGAAGUGGCGACGAAAGAUUACACCCUGGCGUCGGUACGUGGCUACUCGGUGUUCAUUGAUGUAGCUAAUCCAACUAUGCGUCAUGCUGUUCAAUUGCGACCCCAAAUAAUAAUGAAUUUGGUCCACGCGUGGCAAAGCUGCUAUCCUUUGAGGACCCAUUCGAUAAACAUAAUCAACGCGCCCGAUUAUGUCGAUAUUGUUUUGAGAAUUUUCAAAUCUUUCAUGUCUGAGAAGAUGAAGAACAGAUUGUUCGUUUACACACAGAGGACGAUGCAAAACUGUUUUGAGGGCGUCCCAGCUAACAUCUUGCCCGUCGAAUAUGGUGGUACCGAUUGUACAUUUCGAGAAUUAACAGAAUAUUGGAAGAAAUUAAUCGAGGAAAAUCGCGACUGGCUUAUGGAUGAUGAGAAGAACAACACAGCUAUUUCAAAGCAAUAGUUUUAUCGACAAAAUAUGCUUUUAAUAUACUCUUGGAUAUUUAUUAUCAAAUAUAGGUUGCACUAUCUCUGCGAAUUUUGUGAGAAAAGAAAUAAUUACUCUGUCCACUUUGCACUUAGAGCCCUAGUCUAUUUGAUUUCUUAUAUGAUCUCUGCAUUUUAAUUUACACGUAUAAUCGAUAUGUGCAGACAAUAAUACACAUAAUAACUAUACAAAUAAUAAUAUAACUAUAUGCGUUUAUAUCAAAAUAUGUUUUUAUAUAUGUAUGUAUUUUAUUUAAAAUAUUGGUAUUGCGUUUUUGACGCAUCUUCUAAACUUCUAAAAAACCAUUGUACAUGUAGAUUUGCUACAGCGAAUUUCUGAAUUUAUUAUCUGCUGCACGUGGAUCAGUUAUUAAAUAUGAUUUAUCGCAAAAAUGAUAGCAAAGAUUAUAUAGAUUCCAAAGGGCAUGCUAUCAAUCUCGUUUAUCGUUGACAACACAUGUACGUUACAAUGCGCCUUCGGUAGAUUUGGAGAGGAAUUUGUAGAGCAAAUUCGGCGCUUAGUAUUAUUACUAUUAUUACAUGCGUUCGCGUAAUGAUAUGCGCGCUAGAAGAAUAAAUAUAUAAUAAUACAUUGGAACGAGACUAGAAGGUCAUCGCAGAGAUCAAAUGCUGAUUAGAUAAAAAUGUCAGCGGUAGUUCUACGUAGCAGGCGCGUUAAAAUGUUGCUUGAUGAAAUUCAGUUGCAGUUUAUUAACAAGUCGAUUAACUUUAUCAACGCACCGGGAAUUUUGAUGUAAUUUGUCGAUUGUCGAAUCUAUCGAUUUUUUAAAUAUUCAUGAACAGCGGAGCUGAAAAAUAAAUUGCGUAUCUUAUACACGAUGCAAAAUAAUUUCGCAGAUACUUCAGCUGUCUUGUUGAUCAAAUAUAGAUGACGCUCUCUGAGGAUAUAUUAUUAGGAAUUGAAAUAGGUAAUUGCAGAAUAGAGCGAUGCGCAAUUGUUAGUAGACAGUCGAGCGAAUGCUUCUUAUUAACCCAAAAGUUGCAAAAAAAAAAAAUAAUCCUUUCCGUAGUUAAGAUUGCAACAAUACAGACAAUUGCCUAAACAACAUUUGUUAAUAAUUCAUGAUUUCUAUAUAUGUCUGUAUGUGAGCUAAUUUUAUGUAAAUUAUGUAUUGGAAGAAAGUGAUCAAGGAAAAUCGUAAAAAUCAACGACGAAAAAUACAAGAUAAUUUCGGAGCAUUAAUUUAGAGAUAAAUCGCGAUCCAAUUAAUCCGCAUAUAGAUUACGUGAAACUGAUAGGGCGAGCGAAAAAAAAGUAGCAGUUAUAUAUUGUAAUAUGUCGAGACAAUGAUAAUAGAGUAACUUUCUGUGAAAAGAUAUAUGUACAUAUAUAUGAGUUUCAUGUCUUUUUUAUAUAUAAGUAAAAUACAAUACAUUUUUGCA